AUGUCCAUCCUCUCUACCGUUCUCAACUACUUUUCUUCCAAGCCGCGGCGUCCAAAGUGGGAGUCUUAUCUGCUCACGUUUCGAGGAAUUGGAGAUCAGUGGCAUCACCUGCACAUAGUUCCGGAAUACGAGGGACGGGAUCCGCAGCAGCACACCAGGAGCCCAGGGGCCUCGGAUGGCUGCGCCAACAUCCCAGUUCAAGGACAACCAUCGAUCGUGGAACAGAUCACCGUCAUCGCGUCCAAGGACGAACCCAAGUUCCCAGCAGGAGUAUGGUGCAUCGCGAGCUUUGAAACAUUGGGAAAGCUACCUGUGAGCCUAGGCACAGGGGCCGAGCAGGUUGUAAAGGAGGUUCUGGAGAGGUUGGAGGAGAACGUGAAGAGGGCGCUUAAUAUUAAAUCUCCACUGGUUCAACCUGGGGGUGGUGGAACGGAAAGCUCGGAAGCGGAGCUCGUGUCAGGUGCGCUCGAGAGGUGUAGAGAGGCGUUGGUGAAGGGUUAUUGGGACACUGUUGCGCAGAUUCAAGAGGUAGAAGAGUCUAGUGCUAGUGGCCUUGGGGGUGAAGGUCAAGCGGAAGCGCCCACGGUCAGGCUGACGCAAAUUUGGAGGCACAAGCCCGGGCGCUUAUGUCGGGAACAGCACGAAACGUAG